UGGCAACACUGGUCGAAGGAAGGUGUUUGGAAAUGUUCGAUAUUUUGUGGAAAUUCUGAGACCUGAAUGAAAAGAGCCAUGCAUUAGGGCGUCAAUAGAAGGAUUUCCCAGCACAGCAGCUACCUGCCAGCGCGUGAAAAUCGAGUCGAGUGAAAUUCGACACAAUCACAAUCCCAAUCCAAUUAAAUUCGAACUGCGAUUUGCAGGAGAAGAUGUGUCUAUACCACAUAUCUGUGUAUCUGUGUGCGAGGUGGCCUCUGGCUGUGUGCGUGUGGGUGUGAGUGUGUGUAAGUGUGUGUGUGGGCACACUGGAAAGAAUCAAUAAAGGAUGUGCUGCGGAUUGCUGAACGAGAAAAAAGGACGAAAAGUGCUUGCCAAAGCGAAUUACAGUUAACUUUUGGCACGAAUAACGGUUAAACAAAGCCCAACGAGAGAACAUUUGAAAAAACAAACGAGUGUUAAUUAGCAAAUUAGCGAGUGGGUGGCCACAGGAUUUUCAGGACCCUCCUCCAUAUAUUUUGGAUUCCUGCACAUUGACAAGAUGAUGAGAUACUGGCUGAUAAUUGCAUUGCAGCUGUCGUUGGCAUACUCCGUGGAGGUGCACUUCGAGGCGCCGGACAGCGGCUUCUUCCUGAAGCACGCCCGCCAACCACCUGUGACGCCGGAGAUCGCCAAUGUGCAGACAUCCUCGGCGGUGCCGCCACUCCGACAAAGAUCCUCCUACGAUUCCGUGUUAUCCCUGGACCGUUUCACGGUGGUGGAGACCACCCAGCCAGUGUCCAUACGCGCCAGCUACGGACCCUUCUCCACCAAGCAGACAGUGCCAGCCCGCUACAUUGUGCCGGACACGAUGGACAGCCAGUCGGGGGAUUACAUGAACAAUGCCACGCUUCUCGAGCUGCAGCAGCCCAACAUGCACCUGGACAUAUCGGCCCAUUUGGUGCGCUCCACCGUCUCGCAGGAUGCUCCUGUGCUACGGGUGCUCUUCCAUGCCGGAGCCGAUCCUGGUGGUCAUUUGCAGCGCCAAAAGGUCUGCGUACUCCUGCACGUGGCCAUGGGCUCGGAACAGCCCCUCAAGGGGCGCUGCAUGCCGGAGGGCGAGGAUGGAGUGUGCGUGGCCGAGGUGGUGAUCCCACUCGGCUGGUUUCCACAGCUCCCGGCGCCCACACAAGAUGGCAGUGGCCAGGCGCCACCCAAGGUGCCACAACGCUACGCUCAGGUGUCCUACAGUGUGUUUGAGCCACCUCUAAGGAACCCCGAGCAGUGUGAACCCAAAGUUCAGAUCCAGCCGCUGACCACUUUCGCCCAGGUGCCCCUGCUGCCCGCCAGGACGCCCUAUCGCAUGCUACGCGCCGAUGAUUCCGUGACCUUCCUGCUGCCACAACACCCUUUGUAUCCACUGUCCCGCCUCCAUGUUCCCGUGUUCCUGCACCAGUACACCGAUCAGCGGGUGGCUGCCUUUACGGUGAGAGCCCGUGUCAAGGCGGGACUGCGGAUACUGGGCGCCACCGCCUCCACGGAUCUGUGGAGCGUCUCGGUGGAGAAGGAGAACCCCAAGCACACCACCGCACGCGUGACCGCUUUCCGCAAAGAGACUGAAUCUAGUCUGGAAUCCGGAGGCAACCUGACCAGCGAGGUCUUCGAGGUGUUCUCGUGGCUGCUCGAGGUGGCCGAGGACACCAAUGACAUUGUGGACGGGGGCAAGAUUGUGUGGUCCGUGACCCAUGUCUAUGACACGCCCAAGGACAAGGACUCCGGGGAACUAGUAAUACCCGAUGACAACAAGAAGCGGCUGAUUGCCAAGCUGGAGAUCAACAAGGAUGACAUUCAGGCGGUGCUGCCGAUGGCCAAGAUCUGGGAGGUGAUGAACACGGCGGUGCUGACGGGCAGACAGGUGGCCCAGGCCAUGAAGGUCUUCAUCGUUUCGCAGGCGGGCAAGGUGGCCGAUGUGACGCUCCAGAGCUCAUGUCACGCCGAGGAUGAAAGUGUGAUCAAGGUUUCCUCCUCCUGCAGCUCGGUUUAUGUGGAUGGUUCCGAGCAGCGCGGCUCCUCCAAUGCCUCCGUUAUCGUCAAGUACGGUACCUAUAUGGGCGUGGCCAAGUUCAUCGUUUGGAUGCCCGAAUUCCCGCUGGAGGUGUACAUAUCCGAUUUCCGUCUCUCCCAGAUCAAAGGAUGGAAAGUAACCGAUGACAAUCACUAUCUACACAAUAAGCAAUCGCGACGGAGAAAGAAGAGGUCCUACGUGUGGGGCCAGCAUCAAACCAACUACUACAAUAAUCUUGGAGCAGACAAGACGAUUUGUCGGGCUCGUUAUCAGCAGAGUCCCGUGGAAGUGUAUGCCAAAUUCUUGGCAGUGGAUCAGAACUCUGGUCGCACCAGCUACUUUAUUUCAAGGCGAACAGGCUUAAGGGUCACGGAUCUGGUACAGCCGCUGCUCCGAGUGGCUGAUCCCAAGAUUGCCUCGCUCAAAGGUCGCAUCCUGCAGGGCAAGUCAAUGGGACGCACGGAUGUGCAGGUUUUGUCGCCCAUUACGGGUCGUGUAAUCGGCACCAAGGAAAUCCGUGUGGGCAGUGACAAGGUGAACCUCUCUAAGCUCAUUGUGCGCGUCAUUUCGGGCCUGCAGCUCACCAUCAGUCCGGACAACACGAUUGAGAACGGCUACCUGGCGGAGACCUCCGUCACCCACAAGCUGACUGCUCAAUAUCAGGAGGGACUGCUUGACAUCGAUCUGGAGUUCUCCGAUGGCUCCAAGACUCCGUUGCGUGACAUUGCCGUGGAGGACUAUUUCCUGCUGGUGGAGAGUCUGGACACCGAGGUGGUGGCCUUUGCUCCCAUGCUGGCCUCCCAUCAUCCGCGCGUAAUAGCCGUGGGCGAGGGCAAUGGAAACCUGCUGCGCGUGACCCUUCUGCUGUCCGAGGAGUGUCGCCAAAGACGCGGCACCUUGAGCAGCUCCAAACAGAACAAAUCGAAUGCAGCGCCGCUGGCCAGUGCAUUGGCGUCCAUCGAAGUGGAUUUCAACAAUGUGGACAUCGUGAGCAAGCAGGAAGCAAUCCAGAAUGAUGGCACUGUGGGCAGGGAAAGGAAGAACUACAGGCAGACAGGGGAUCUGGCUGAUAUAAUAGUUGGCAUCCCGUUGCGCGACUCCAGCCAGCUGUAUGAACCUACUGUUCAGGCGCGUCAGCAUCGCGGCAGUAUCCAGGCGGUCCACAAGGGCCAUCAUGGCAAAGGCCUCGCUGGCACUGGCAACAUGUCCUCCAUGGAACUAGGCAUGUACGUCCUGCUCACUGCCUUCUGCUUCGCCAUUAUUGUGUUUGUGAUCUCUUGCGUGGUGUACGCCUCGAAAUUCCGGCCAGCGAUGAUCGAAUCUGGAUUGGAUCCUCUGUCGGUGGGCAAGGGCAAUGGCUCGGGAGGAUCGGGUGGCUUCCGGGACGUGCGUUUAAAGGAGUCGACGACGAACGCCCACGAUUGGGUCUGGCUGGGACGCUCCACCAUCGACCGCCAGUCCAUUGUGGCUGAGACCAACACACAUUUGAAUCCACGCGAUUCCCGCAUGCGCAUCACCAGCAAUCCCAUUGUCAAUUACGACAAUGGACGACGAGUGAGCUCCUUUGACCAGCAGCCCAAGCUACAGACGCACAUUGUGCCGGCCUCCAAUCUGAACAAGCAGCACGCCGACCACUAUCUGGCCAACGAGCGCAAGGACAAUGCCUUGGACUACAAGCCGCCAGUACCGCCCCAUAGGAAUGUGGGUGCCCGGGCCUGUCUGCCGGUUCAGCCUGUUCCCGGCUCAGGAUCCAUAAAGGAUGCGCCCAACAAGCGGCACAGCCAGCUCUACAAACGUGAACAUUUGCAGGGCAGUGACAACAAUGCCAACCAACAGCCGGCACAGCAGUCGAAUCAGCAGCAGCCGCCUCCCGAACGUCCUCAUCCGCUGGCCCAUGCCCAUGUCCAUCCGCACCAGCAUCAGCGCAGCCAUAGCCACAGUCACAAUUUCAGCCAGGAGCCACUUAUCAAGGCGGCACACAACAAGAUCAAGCAGCAGCAACAACAGCAGCAGCAGCAACACGAGGAGCUGCACAACGCUGAGAAGCUGGUGGAGUACACGAAUCCGCACCAGAAGAACGCGUUUCAGUUCGAUUCGCUGACACCAAAGAGAGUUACCAAAGCAGCCGCGUCCUCGCCGGCCACGCCGUCCACAGCAGCAAUCGUCCAGGGCAAAGCUAAGGAAAUCCACAGCAUGGCCAGCAGCACUGGAGAUGCGGCCAAUUCAAACGGAACGGACGAGAUCAUGCGGCUGCCACCCAGCGCCGUCAGCCAGGAGCCCACCACGAAAUCGUCGCGUGUCAAGCGCGCCACCGUGGUGGGCAAUCCGAUGUUCUCGGCCACCGUGGAUGAGUCCGUUGCCCCCGGCGAGCGUCUUGGACUGGACGAUCUCGACAUGGACUACGAGCAGAUCAUGCACUACUUUGACAACCUAAAGGAGUCAAAUGCCUGAGUACAGGAGAUCAUUGCUAAAAUUCGCGAGAUAUUGUCCACGUUCCAUCACCGAUAUCAGACGGUUGCCACGCCCCUGACCUCGCCCACUCGCAAGCAGAUGCAGCUGCUCGACGAGCUGGUCGCCGGAGUAACAACGGCCACGGGAAUCACCGCAGCAACCAAGCCAACAUUAUUGACCCUGGCCGAUGGAGAAGCUGAGGAAUCUGCUGAAGCAUUCGAUGCCUACGAUGGAGCGUUGGACAUCGAGAGCAGGCAGUUCUAGACGUCAACCUGGCACAGAUCUAAACGCAAUUCUAGCAAUACCCCCAGUACUCUAAAGAAAAAAGAAGAAAACCUUUAUGCCGCUGCUCCACCCAAUCCAAAAACAAUCCAUGCUGUGGUCGACGAGUUGGAAAUCCGGAAUCGGAACCGAAAUCGUUAACCGAUAAGGCAAAUAGGCAAGGAAAAGGAUACAAGUCGAAGGAGAAACAUAUUUAUUGCUAGGCUAAGUUCAUAUUAAUGCAUACACCUAUAGGCAUAUGUAAACGUGGAGAUAAUCCAAGUGUAUCUCGAGGAGCGCGUGCCUGACACAAUCGGAAUCGACGGGCAACCAUAUAUAGUAUACAACUAUCUAUAUCUCUGUAACUGUAACUGUAUCUGUAUCAGUAUCUGCAUAAGUACUAUGGUGUUAGUUAAGGAUCAGCCAUCUAAAGCAUAGCUUAAUCCAUACAUUUUUUCCCAUUCUCUUCGCUUCACACACGCGCAUGUCCCAUCCGUCUGAUUCGAACCUAAUUCUCUAUAUAUUCACACGAUCUCGGCCCGAUCUUGCAUAUCCUAUAUCUUCUCUCUGAGGUGUCUGUCUGUCUGUCUGUGUGUGUGUGUGUGAGUAAGUUUUGUGUGCGUGUGUGUGCGCCAGAGAAAUUGAGAUAGCAAUAGAGUGAACGUGAAUGUGAAUGUGAGGGAGACAGCGACAGAGAGAAAUAGAGAAAAAGAGGAGAGUUUCCAAAAUGUGCCGGGCACCGCUCCCAAAAGUCGCUAGUAAUUAAAAACUGAAUAAUAUAUACAUGCUAUAUACAAAUAUAUAUAUAUAUAUAUUUA